AUGGAUCAAGAUGAAUCCCAAUACUUCGAUUUCGCCAAACUCACCAACAGAUAUCCCUCUGAAAUACAACAUCAAGCAUCCAGAGAGAUGGUGAUGAUCAUCAACAAUAAGAUAAAGCCUCCAGGAGGAGAACCCAUCUGGUCGUGGUAUUCCAGAGCCGAACAACUCGACUAUUUGAAAGGUUUUCUCAAGCCACUGGCAGCUGAGACUGGGCAAUCAACCAAGACUAAGGAGAAUGAGGAAAUAAUAGUUCUCUCGGAUACUGAGGAGGAAACUAAUCAAGAAAAUAUUGCUGUUGAAAAAACCAUGCCCCUAAUUUCUGUUAAACAAGAACCUGUUGAUGACUCUGUUCAUGAUACCUCUAUUGAAAAUACUACUGUUGAAAAUACCUCUGUUCAUGAUAAAAACUUGUCUCUAUCUGUUGAUACUAACCAAAUGACUGCUGUUGACUAUGGUCCAUAUCAACUAGAACCCCCUGCCUCACUUUUCUCCAAACUUGAUCUGUUUAAUAUCCUAGAUGAACACAGAAGGUCAGCCUCACUGGUCAACCGACUAUCAAUCCCUGUAACCAUUCCUCAAACUGAAAACCCCUCCUUAAGCCCAGUUUUAUCACUACCGUCAUCUCAACCAAGAGAGACUGAAAAGACCACUCAACCAAAUCCAGAAAAAUCUCUAUCCACUCAAUCUGAAGAGUCACACACUGUUGAAAUUAGGCUUGAACCACCUGCUGAAAAAUAUCCUGAAACAAACCCAGCCAACCCUACAACUGAACCUGAUCUAAGCCCAUUAGUCUUUGAGAUUGAAUGUGAAACAGGCAAUAUUCCAGAAAUACAGAAUGUAGGACCUGCUAAUGAAGAAGACAAUCUGCCUCUGUCUCAAGUGAAGAAAAUCAAAGAGAAAGCAAAAGGGAAGAAGAAAGUACAACAAGAACAAGCUGAUGAACAACCUGUACAAAAAAUCCAAGUCUUUCCAGUCUCUACGUCAAGGCGCAGAACUAGAUCAUCAUCAACUGCUGAACAAAAGGAAAAGGAAACCCCAUCACCUGUCCGAACGUCCAAGAGAAAACAACCACCUGCUGAACAAACUGCUGCUCAAGAAGCCACCGACAGUAAGAAGAGAAAGAAAAGCAUACUAGCAAAAUCAACUCAAUCACCACUGCCUGAAAGCCAGCCAGAAGUGUCUGUUGUUGCACCUGUUGGAACAAUCAGUCCCCAAUUCCUGUCAGAUGAAUUUGCUGCAAGAUGGGACUCCACAAAUCAAAGGAAGAUAUUGAGUGAAAGAUUUCUUGAUGCUGAAAAGUUCAAAUCCCAAUGCCAACUCAUGCCUGUGUUUGAGAAACUAAAUCUGGCCAAGUCCGUGACUUCUCUGAAAAGUUACCCUCCUAUUACCAUAAAAGAAUUCUAUGCAAAUCUGAUGCUGACCAUCAAGGAGGCGGGAUCAUCACAAUACGGGCGUGUAUGGCUUAGAGGAAAUGAGUAA